AUGUCGUUGUGUGUCGAAACAAUGGGCUUCCAUACUUCAACGUCCAGAUUUUGCGGAAUCGUUCCUCACAAAGUCAUUGUCACGGCCGCGUCUUUUGUUCACCUUCAGAAGUGGCAGCAAGUGGUACUACUUCUCAUCCCCUCAACCUCAAACUUUUGGAAAGAACUUAAGUGUUGUAGCAAAAGAGUAUCAUAUGGGUUAUUCUGGAAGUUGGACAUAACAUCACCUAAAGUGGGAACGGGGAAUGUUAUAUUGAAAUGCUUUUUCGGGUAUGAUCCAAUCCGGAAACAGUUCAAGGUUUUGUGCUGGACGAAUUUUUAUAGACAAGGAAGAACCUCCAACGAGCAAUAUCAAGUUCUGACAUUAGGGACGGGAGAGCUAUUGUGGAGAAAGAUCGAAUGUUUGUUUCCGCAUGAACCUCAUAAAGACAAAAAUGGGAUAUGCAUCAACGGGGUAUUAUAUUACAUAGCUUGGUUGAAAAAUAGGUGUUAUGAUGGUACCGAGAUAAUAGUAUGCUUUGAUGUUAGGUCCGAGAAAUUUAGUUUUAUAGAAAUAGAAAUUAAAGAGGUAAAGGGUUCGAUUCUCUUAGAAUACAAGGGAAAGCUAGGUGUCCUAAUGUGGUCUGUUUAUAGUUAUAGUGCUGAGCUAUGGGUUCUAGAUGACACCAAGAAUGUUAAAUGGUCGAAGUACAAAUUUGUUUUGCCAUAUACAGCUUCGGAGGAAGUUAAGAAAUCAAUAUGGGCAACUGAUAGUGGAGAACUUGUUUGGACGUUAUCAAGUCCUUUGAGCCAUCCAUUAUAUGUUUACUACUACAAUCUGGAGAGUCAGAGUGUUAGAGAAGUUGAAAUCAAAGGAAUGAAAGACAAGGUAUCGAGAGAUAUUGGUAACUCAUUAGUCACCUUCACAAAUUAUGUUGAGAAUCUGAUGUUUCUACAAUAA